AUGCCCACAUUCAAGCAGGUGGAUGUUUUCACCAAGCAAAAGUAUAAGGGAAAUCCAGUUGCAGUAUUUUUCGAUGCAGACAACUUAACGUCAGAAGAUAUGGCAAAUAUGUCAGCUUGGACAAAUCUUUCAGAAGCAACUUUUAUUCAGAAGCCAGUUUCUGAAGAAGCCGAUUAUAAGGUUCGCAUCUUCAGCUUAAGGAAAGAGUUACCUUUUGCCGGUCAUCCCACCAUUGGAACCUGCCACGCAUUGCUAGAAGCCGGACUCGCGGAGCCCAAGAAUAAUCAUGUCAUACAAGAAUGUGAAGUAGGUUUAGUGAAGUUGGAACUAUCAUCUGCGGAGGACCGGGAAAUCAAUUUUCAAUUACCGUAUGCUGCUCGUCGAGAUUUGAGUUCGUCUGAAAUCCUGAAAGUUACCAAUGCGCUUGGCGUUGAUACUGCAAUAAAUGCAGCAGUUUACGACGUUGGCCCAGUGUGGCUCACUAUUCAAUUGGAUUGUGCAAAGACCGUUCUUGAAUUGAAACCAGAUAUAUUCGCUUUGAAGAAAAUAUCAUUGGAAUUGAAUGUUACGGGAUUUCAAGUGCUUGGUAAAUACGUAGAGGGCGAGUCUUAUGAAACAAGAACUUUCGCACCAGCGAUAGGAGUUGUAGAGGAUCCAGUGUGUGGAUCCGGUUCAGGAGCAACAGCAGCGUUUUUAAGGGACUCGGAGAAUCGGCUUGGUACUAUCCGCUUGUCCCAAGGUAAAGUAUUAAAUAGAGCUGGUGAAAUCACGAUCACUGUCGGACCAGAUAUCUAUGUUGGUGGUAAUGCUGUUACGGUCAUAGAUGGGGUAUAUUAA